AUGACAACACAGACGCUUCUUUCAAGACUGGAUGCUCUUUCCCGGCAGGUCAUAUCUCCAGGUUUACUGAACCAGGCAACUAUUCUAACGGAGGAAACAAUAACGAACUGGUCUGAACGAUCAAAAGCUCUAUGUUCGGACUUUAUUGCGCUGGAAUCGAAUGACGAAAAGGAACAUUGGCUGAAGAUUUUAUUUAUCGAAUUGUUUGAUUUCAUAAAUCAAGGCGAUGAAGGUUCCCCUCUCAGGCUCUCCGAUAUUGCACUGUUUAUAGAAGAGUUGGUGAACGGUGACAGAAAAGGGUCGCAGGCUUCCCUAGUGGGCAAAAUGCUCAUUGCUGUUUCGAGUUCCGUGCCCAAUAUAAAGGACACGAACACCAUAUCAUUGUGUAAGCUGAUACCGUCCCUACAUGAAGAGCUGUUUAAAUUUAGUUGGAUAUCCUCGAAGUUAUUAAAUAAGGAACAAACUACUUUACUGAGACAUUUGUUGAAAAAAUCAAAAUAUGAAGUAAAAAAAUAUAACCUUUUGGUGGAAAAUUCAGUAGGUUACGCUCAAUUGGUAGCUUUAUUGUUAUUGGCGUAUUACGAUCCAGACAAUUCUCUUAAAGUUCAUGCAUAUUUGGAAGAGAUGUAUCAUAUUAUGGGGAAAUAUUCUUUAGAUUCCAUUCGUUCUUUAGAUGUCAUCCUAAACGUUUCCUGUCAGUUUAUUACUGAAGAGUACCAAUUUUUUAUCGAGUUUUUGCAGAAAUCGGAUUUUUGGCCCUCUAACCAUGUGGCCGAUAAUUCGAAUUACUCUACCUUAAAUGUAGGUGGUAACAUGAUUGCGGCUAACAUUAUCUCAUUCAAUUUAUCCCAAUAUAAGGAACAGGUUGAUAAGGAAAAUCACCAGAAGUAUAUGGACAUGUGUUGCAUUUUAAUAAACACAGGGUUUAUCAAUUUCUAUUCCAUUUGGGAUAACGUAAAGCCUGAUAUGGAAUCUCUACAAAAGUAUACGGAGGAUUUAGAAACCGAAUUAGAAGCAGAAUCCACUAAAGGCAUAGAAAACCCUUUGGCUAUGGCAGCAGCUUUAUCGACUGAAGAUGAGAAUAAUGAGGAUACUGCGCUUGUGAAGGAUGACGAUAAGGACAAGGACAAAGCCUCAGAAACAAGUAACGAAGCAGACUUGAAAGACAAGCAGAAAAACGAUACUUUAUCAUUUGGUAAAAUAAAUUUAUUAGAGCGUUUAUUAAUUCAUGGUUGUAUUACUCCUGUUGUCCACAUACUAAAGGAACAUCCAAAAAUACUAUAUGUUAAUGAAUCCAUAUCAAAAUAUUUUGGCAGAAUAUUUGAAUAUCUUUUAGAUCCUUUAUACACGUCAAAGACAUCUCGCGAUGAGUCAAACAACAUGGCGUCUGCUUUAAUGGUAACUCGGAUAGAUAAUGGCAUCCUAGCUCAUAAGCCAAGAUUGAUCCACAAAUACAAAACACAUGAUCCAUUUGAAUCAUUCGAAUUGAAUACAAAGUAUGUAUUUUACUACUCUGAAUGGAAUAGUGCCCUUGUCCCUUUUGCAUCCAUUGAUGACCUAUUUGAAAAGUCACAUACAUUUUUGUCUAUCAUUGGGCCCUAUUUAGCCAACACCCCCACGCUAUUGAGCAAGAUCUCACGUAUUGGUGUAGCUGAUAUUCAGAAAAAUCAAGGCACUGAGUUUUUGCAAAGUACAGUUGACAAGUGGGUGGAUUUUGUAAGAAAAUUCAUUUUCCCUGCCAUCCCGCUGUUACAGGAUAAUCCAAUCGCCACAUCGGAGGUUUAUGAACUGAUGAAGCUUUUUCCCUUUGACAAGAGGUGUUUUAUUUACAAUGAGAUGAUGACAAAACUAUCUCAAGAUAAUUUACCAAUAAAAGUAAGCUUCAAUAAAACUGAAAGAGAAGCCAAGAGCAUUUUGAAGGCUUUGAGUAUAGAUACCAUAGCCAAGGAAUCUAGAAGGUUUGCUAAACUGAUUUCCACGAAUCCGUUGGCUUCAUUGGUGCCUGCAGUUAAACAGAUUGAAAAUUAUGAUAAAGUCUCAGAGCUUGUCGUCUACACUACAAAGUAUUUCAACGAAUUUGCAUAUGAUGUAUUGCAAUAUGUACUGUUACUACGUUUAACUUAUAGCAGACCUGCUGUUCAAUUUGACGGUGUCAAUCAAGCCAUGUGGGUACAACGAUUAUCAAUAUUCAUUGCCGGUUUAGCCAAAAAUUGUCCUAAUAUGGACAUCUCAAACAUAAUCACUUACAUUUUGAAAACUUUGCAUAAUGGAAAUAUCAUAGCCGUUUCCAUCUUAAAGGAGUUAAUCAUUACUGUCGGUGGUAUCAGGGAUCUAAAUGAAGUCAACGUGAAGCAGCUGUUGAUGUUAAAUUCAGGGAAACCAUUGAAACAGUAUGCAAGACAUUUGAUUUAUGACUUUAGAGAUGACAAUUCCGAUAUUGCAUCAAAACUAACCUCAUUUUUCACCGACCAAAACGCUAUCUCUGAAAUUAUUCUUUUGUUAUAUUCUCUGAAUUUAAAGGCGAAUACCCAGGACUCUCACUACAAGAUCUUGUCCACAAGAUGUGAUGAAAUGAACACAUUGUUAUGGUCGUUUAUUGAAUUGAUCAAGCACUGUUUAAAAGCAGAAGCAUUCGAAGAAAACGUUUUGCCAUUUGUAGAAUUGACGAAUCGGUUCCAUCUAUCGACACCAUGGGUCUUUCACAUUUGGAGAGACUAUUUAGAUAACCAAAUAAACGAAAACGAAAAUUUUUCUAUUGAGCAAUUGGUUGAAGGGGCAGAGUUUGAUGAUGUCGAUUUAACAAAGAUUUCAAAAGAUCUUUUUACUACUUUUUGGAGACUUUCGUUGUAUGAUAUUCAUUUUGAUAAAUCAUUAUACGAUGAACGCAAGAACACUCUCUCUGGGAAAAAUACUGACCAAAUGUCAAACAGAAAAAAACACUCAGUCCAGAAUCAAAUUAAAGAUGUCUUAGUUACCGGAAUAUCUCAUCAAAGAGCCUAUAAGAAAACCGCAGAACUCGUGUCCGAAAAGUCAAAUAUCUGGAACAAAGAUUGUGAGGACAAUCAAAUCAAAGUCUUCAUACAGAAUUGCGUGGUCCCAAGAGUUUUGUUUUCUCCUUCUGAUGCACUUUUCUCUUCAUAUUUCAUUUUCAUGGCCUUCAAUGCAGAAAAUUUGAUGUCAAUUCUAAACACCUUUAUCUCCUCCAAUAUUCUAAAAACACUGCUGUUCUGCUGUACUAGUUCAGAAGCAGGUAACUUGGGUCUCUUUUUUACUGAUGUUUUGAAAAAACUAGAAGAAAUGAGAAUAAAUGGCGAUUUAGACGAACAAGCUUCUAGGAAGUUAUACGAAUGGCACUCAAUUAUUACAGAACAAAUUAUUGAUCUCUUAUCCGAAAAAAACUAUAUGUCAAUUAGAAAUGGUAUUGAAUUCAUGAAGCACGUUACUAGUGUCUUCCCAAUACUAAAAACACAUAUUCAGUUGGUUUACACAACCUUAGAGGAAAACUUGGUAAAUGAAGAAAGAGAGGAUAUUAAAUUACCAAGUAGUGCAUUAAUAGGUCAUUUGAAGGCGCGCUUAAAGAAAGCUUUAGAAUUGGAUGAAUUCUGCAGCUUAACUGAAGAGGAAGCAGCUCAAAAGAAAAUCUAUGAAGCCGAAUUGGAAGAAAUUAAGUGUUAUGAGACAGCUUACCAAAAUGAACAAAAGCAGUUGGCUUUGAGAAAGCAACUAGAGCUUAACAAAUCGCAACGACUUCAAAACGAUUCCUCCAAAAGUGCCACCAAUAAUAGUACGGAACUUGGUAUCAACGACAAAUGGAGCUAUUCGCAUAAUGAGCCCGCAAUUCCAACAAAGCCUUCUAGCAGCCAAUGGUCCUAUUCCAAAGUUACGAGGCAUUUGGAUGAUAUAAAUCACUACCUGGCUACAAACCAUUUACAAAAGGCAAUUUCCUUGGUAGAAAAUGAUAGUGAAACUUGGAAUUUGAAAAAAUUGUCGAAACAAAAUAUGCCAAUUUUUGAUUUCAGAAAUUUAACUUUAGAAAUAUUUGAAAGAUAUUUCAGAUCUUUGAUUCAAAACCCUCAGAAUCCGGACUUUGCUGAAAAGAUUGAGGCGCUCAAGAGGCACAUCAAGAACAUAUCGCGUGAGCCAUAUACUGGCGUGGCCAACUCCCGCUCUGAGACUUUUGGUCCCGAAUAUACCAAAAGGUCAAGUAGAUAUGGCGGGAGUACCGGAGCCAAAGAUACAUAUAAUAAUGCUAACUAUAAAACUUCAAGCAGUGAUCGUUCUGGCUUGAAAAAUAGCAAGCCAAGUACCAGUUAUCCACACAAAAGAUCGGAAUUGCCCACCAGACCUAGCAAAGGCAAAGUUUAUAAUGACAGAAGCAGACCAGCUAGACAAGCUGGUCCGGACAGAGGCGAGAGCUUUGAUCAGCAAAGAGAUACUCGUCCACGUGAAGACUAUAAGAAAACUAACUCGCAACGUCCUCAACUAAGGUUUCCGGAAAAGCCAUCACAAGGAAGUAAUGAUAACAACAAGAACACAUCCUACCAACAAACGCCAUCCUACAAGCGUGAAAUGCCUUCAGAGAAUGAUGAAAAGCCCAAUAAAAGGUUCAAGAAGGAUGAUGGUAACAGAAGCAAAUUUCAGAGACAAGACUAUAGAAGUACAAGAGAUAGCGGUAGCAACUUCAGUGCAAAUAACAGUAGUAGCAAUCGUAGACCCAAUGAAACCCAAAGAUACAACACAAACAGAAAGAGCAAUACACAGGCUCUUCCUCAAGGCCCCAAGGGAGGUAAUAAUGUUAGUAGAUAUCAACGUUAA